AUGUCGACGCCGGUAACGGACACACCCUCCAAGAAGAGAAUCGAUGAAGUAUUAAGAGGAAACUAUGAUAAGAAGUAUAGACCAAACAUGCAUGGGCCACCUGUUAUUGUGACGGCCAGUGUACUCAUCAAUAGUUUCUAUUCCUCUACAGACACAGGAAUGGAUUAUACAGUUACGUUAUUUCUUCGAACACGAUGGGUUGAUCCCCGACUAGAGUACACUGAUGAUAAAAACCAAACGCUGACGUUACAUUCAGAUGGAGUUAAUGAAGUCUGGGUGCCACCUCUUUACUUCCCAGAUGAGAAGUCUGGACAGUUUCAUAAACUGACAACGGAGAACGUGUUGUUGAGAAUAUACCCUGAUGGGACUGUACUACAUAGUGCAAGAUUCACUAUCACAUUGAGUUGUAUGAUGCAUUUAGAACGCUAUCCAAUGGAUGAACAGACAUGCAAUAUGGAAAUUGAAAGCU